UAAUAUCGAAGAACGAUAAGGCCCGAUAGGUUCCGAAGAUUUUUCCUUGUUUUUCCCAACAUUAUUAACAACAAAAUAAUAGCGGGCCGAAUUGCGCAUAAUACAAUUGCAGUCGCCCGCAGUUGCCAGCAUUGCAAACACAGCCGGAAAAUCAAGGAAGCGCAAAAUUCAGGCCAAACAAAAUCAGCAGUGACCGUUGAAAAUCAAAACAAGUGAAAAGCCACACAAAAAGGAGAAAAACGUUAACUAUGUUUUGGGCGGUGAGUCGGGCGGUGAAGAAGAUCAAGAUCAAGACCCCGAAUCUGAGUCAAGAUCCAAGUAGAAAUCCGAAUCCGAAUCCAAUUCCAAAUCUGAACAAGAUGUGGCAGCAGCAGCAGCCGGCGAUAUACUAUUCGACCGAAUCCGUUCGAGUAACUCACUCAAUAUCCGGCGAACGUUGCCAAUCCCAUUUACUUCCAGCUGACAACAACAGCGGAUCCGGCGGCGGAGGAGGCGGUGGCUCUGGGAACAACAAUAGUGCUAAUAGCGGGAAGAACUCGACUCACAGGAUCGAAGAGUCGUCGCCCAGUGCCAUUACCAAUCGGUUGCUGGGCCAAUGGCGCAAGAACUUCUACAGCGAACCGAAGAAUCUGCUGGCGCAGAACGUCUGCUCCCGCGUCGAUCCCUUCGAUGUGUGCCUAUCCAGGAAGGCACUGGAGACCACCAACCAUGUGUUCAACUACAAGGUGGAGACUGAGGGCAAGCCGGUGACCAACCAAAGGAGUUCCGGCCGCUGCUGGCUGUUUGCGGCCCUCAAUUGCAUCCGCCUGCCAUUCAUGAAGAACUACAAUCUGGACGAGUUCGAGUUCUCGCAGGCCUUCCUCUUCUACUGGGACAAGAUCGAGCGGUGCAACUACUUCCUCAAUAACAUCGUGAAGACGGCGCAGCGGGGCGAGAAGGUGGACGGCCGGCUGGUGUCCUUCCUGCUCCUCGAUCCCACCUCCGAUGGCGGCCAGUGGGACAUGCUGGUCAACCUGAUAACCAAACACGGCCUCAUGCCAAAGAAAUGCUUCCCAGAGAGCUUUAGCUGUGAGUCCAGCAUACGAAUGAACGCCAUACUGAAGAGCAAGCUCCGGGAGUACGCCCGCCACUUGCGCGAUCUGCUGGACCAGAACCCAACGGAUGAGGAGAUCGCCUGCAAGAUUCAGGAGCAGAUGGCUGAGAUCUACAAGGUGGUGGGUAUCUGCCUGGGCAUUCCCUCGGAGACCUUCACCUGGGAGUACUACGAUAAGAGCAAGAACUACCAAUCCAUCGGACCGGUCAGCUCGCUGGAAUUCUACGAGCGCUAUGUGAAGCCGCAUUUCAACGUGGAAGACAAAGUGUGUCUGGUCACCGAUCCUCGGCCGACGAGUAGCUAUGACCAAGCCUACACUGUCGACUGUCUGGGGAAUGUGGUUGGCGGCCGUCCCGUCCUGUACAACAACCAGUCGGUGGAACUGCUCCUGGCCAUGGUCACCAAGUCGCUGAAGGCCGGCGAAGCCGUUUGGUUCGGCUGCGAGGUCAGCAAGCGAUUCGCCUCCAAGCAGGGCAUCGAGGAUGUGGACGUCCACGAUUUCAAGCUGGUCUUUGACAUCGACAUUCAAACUACAUUCUCCAAGGCGGACCGUCUGAUUUAUGGCGAAUCGGCCAUGACCCAUGCCAUGGUUUUCACCGCCGUCUCCGUGGACAAGAGCGGCAUUGCCCAGAAACUGCGAGUGGAGAACUCGUGGGGCGAGGAUCGCGGCGAGAAGGGCUACCUGGUGAUGAACGCCGACUGGUUCAGGGAGUUUGGCUUCGAGGUGGUGGUGGACAAGAAGUACGUGCCCGAGGAUGUGCUGCGCGUGUUCGACAUGGAUCCGAUCGUCCUGCCCGCCUGGGAUCCCAUGGGCACGCUGGCGCAGUAGGCCGGCAUCCAAAUAUAUAUUUAAAUACAAUAUAUACAAAGCUUUACGAGCAGCAAUCUUCGAACGGCAUCCAAGUGUUCGAGUUACCAGCUUUCAGUUUUUGUGUACAUUAUUUUUCUCUGGCCAGUUGCCACAUUUUACGAGCACCACCCGCACCGCCCGAUCCCCCAGGUGUAUGCAUAUGCAAUAUAUCAGUCCAAGUCCCCAAUCUUUGUCAAUUCUGUAAAACAAUCAUUUUGUGUUUAGCGCCUAAGUAAAAAAUAUCUCAGUUCUAUCCCAAA